GCUAUCGCGGGUCGCCUCGUUGCCGGAUUGGCCGGAGCCACGCCCCCUAGACCGAGGCGCGGGAAGUAAUUUGGCGUUCAAGUUAGAGGGCAGGAGGGCUUGAGAUUUAGGCUGUCUUCGUGGACGCAGCUCCCGGUUAGAGGCCAUCAUGAAGAAGCCGCGAGCAGCUGUGGGAAGUCAUUGCAGGAAGCAGGCAUCCAGCCGGGAGAGAAGGAAGAAACAUGCCCCCAGCAGCAACCAGGCCAAGCCCUCUGUCCCUGAUGCCUGUUCUGGGACAACUGAAUUUCCUGAGGCCCCGGCAGGCCUGGCCAGGCGACAGGAGGAGGUGGGAUUGCAGGCCUCUGUCUGCCCGGACCAUCUAUUCAGAGAUACAGCUGAGGUCACAGUCUUCCGGGAGAGCCUGCUGAGCUGGUACGACCGAGAGAAGCGGGACCUACCCUGGAGAAGACUGGCAGAAGGUGAGGAGGACCUGGACAGGCGGGCAUAUGCUGUGUGGGUCUCAGAGGUCAUGCUGCAGCAGACCCAGGUUGCCACGGUGAUCGACUAUUAUACCAGAUGGAUGCAGAAGUGGCCAACACUGCAGGAUCUGGCCAGUGCUUCCCUGGAGGAGGUGAACCAGCUCUGGGCUGGCCUGGGGUACUACUCUCGAGGCCGGAGGCUGCAGGAGGGAGCCCGGAAGGUGGUAAAGGAGCUCGGGGGCCAUGUGCCACGUACAGCAGAGACCUUGCAGCGGCUCCUGCCUGGUGUGGGGCGGUACACAGCUGGAGCCAUUGCUUCCAUUGCCUUUGGCCAGGUGACCGGUGUAGUAGAUGGGAACGUGGUGCGGGUGCUAUGCCGUGUCCGAGUCAUUGGUGCCGAUCCCGGCAGCACCCUUGUCUCCCAGCAGCUCUGGAGCCUAGCCCAGCAACUGGUAGAUCCAGCCCGGCCGGGAGACUUUAACCAAGCAGCCAUGGAAUUGGGGGCUACAGUGUGCACCCCACAGCACCCGCUCUGCAGCCAGUGCCCUGUGCAGAGCCUAUGCCAGGCACACCAGAGGGUGGAGCGGAAACAGCUCUUAGCCUCACAGAGCCUGCCAGGCAGUCCUGAUGUGGAGGAGUGUGCUCCCAGCACUGAUCAGUGCCGGCUGUGCACACCUCCUGCCGAGCCCUGGGACCAGACCCUGGGAGUGACCAACUUUCCCAGAAAGGCCAGCCGCAGACCCCCCAGGGAGGAAUACUCUGCCACCUGUGUUCUGGAGCAGCCCGGGGCCCCUGGGGGUGCCCGAAUUCUGCUGGUGCAGAGGCCCAAUUCAGGUCUGCUGGCAGGGCUGUGGGAGUUCCCGUCUGUAACCAUGGAACCCUCGGGGCGGUGUCAGCGCGAGGCUCUGCUGCAGGAACUGCAGAGUUGGGUGGGGCCCCUCCCUGCCACUCACAUGUGUCACCUUGGGCAGGUGGUCCACACCUUCUCUCACAUCAAGCUGACCUAUCAAGUAUACGGUCUGGCCCUGACAGGGCAGGCCCCAGUGACAGUCACACCACCUGGCGUUCGCUGGCUGACCCGGGAAGAGUUUCACACUGCUGCUGUCUCCACCGCCAUGAAAAAGGUGUUCCGUGUAUAUGAAGGGCAACAUCCAGGGACCUACAAGAGUUCCAAGAGAUCCCAGGUGUCUCCUCUGUCCAGUCGGAAAAAGCCCAGCCGAGGCCAGCAAGUCCUGGAUAGUUUCUUUCGGCCCCACAUCCCCACUGAUGCACCUGGACUCACCAGUGUGGCCCAGUGAUACCUCUGGAAGCCCCCACCCCUUGUGAAUCCUGUUUAAUA